AUGAAGGGGAGGAUCCUUCAAGAGGGUCACGUUGGCAGCUUACCAAAUGCAUUACACAAUUAUACUAACAAAAAUUUGAGCACUCCCAGUUUCGUUCAUGUAAAACAGAAGGAUAAUCACGAUAGGAAUAUCAGGAGAGGGGGGGUCACUCCAGACGCAAAUUACCACAUCCCUCAUUGCGACGACACCGAUGGAAGUUCCAAUUUUUUAAAAAAAUUGUACAGAUCGAUGCAAGCUCUCGUAGGAAUUACAUCACAUGAUAAAAUUUUGUGUUUAAGGUAUGAGAAAGUUAGAAGAUUUAAACAGCACUUUGUCCACAUGGUUCAAAGUAACCUGUCCGUCGGGAAGACACGCGUUUGCCUAAUUGACACAGGAGUGGAUCUACAUGAUGAGGUAGUAGGACAAUUUGUGAGAAUAUAUAAGGGGGAACACAGCAAGGGGGGUGAUAAUAGAAGGGAGCGAAAUGGAGGUGGUGAAUAUGGUGCACAUGUAGAAGUGGAGGAACAGAGUGAAGAAGAGAGUUUCCCAAGCUGGGCGUAUGCAAACGGGGGAGAAAUUCAGUACGAUGGGAUAAACACUGAAAGGUGUAACGAGAAAAAUUAUGCCCGCUGCGAAUCUAGCGAUGUGGAUGACGUAGACUUGCAUGGGACCUUUAUCGCAAACACUAUAAUUAGGAGGGAGGUACUGAUAAAGAGGGAAACGUACAAAAGGGACGUCGAACUCAUUGUGUGUAAAGCGUUUGGCGAUACGCAUAGGACGAACUCCCAUUUGAUGCCUCUCAUCAAAUGUUUAGAACACUGCAAAGAGAGGGCGGCCAAGGUGAUCCACGUCGGGUAUAAUGUGCAGGGGGAGAGUGAGAAGUUGGUGGAGGUCAUGGAGGAGUUGGCACGGGCCGAAAUUGUUGUGGUGUCACCGUCUUUGCAGGUAUACGGUGGUGAAGGGGGGGAGGUAGGCACAACAAAGGAGCAGAGAAAGGAUUAUUCCACACAGAAAAUAAUGUACCCCUCUUCCUUCGCGAACAUGUUUGAAAAUGUCUUUUCCGUGGGUGCGCUGCGGAAUUCUCCCCAGGGGGGGCUGGUCCCCAUCUCGGGUAACGCCGCCAAUGCAAAGGGGGAAAAACAAAAAGGGGAGCAAUUACACAAGAGGGAAAACACAACCCUAUUUAGCUUCUCAUAUGGCAAGACCUUUCCAUUUGGGAGGAGCCCUUCCUGGAUGGUGGAAGACGGACCAGGGUACGCAUCGGCCGAUUUUGUAAACACCCUAGUGAUGAUUUUUAAUGUCAACCCCAAGUUGCCUGUGAGGAGACUGAGGCAUAUUUUGAAGAGGUCCAUCGUGAGGAGCAGUGAACUGAAGGGUCUGUCCAAGUGGGGUGGCUACAUCGAGCUCUUCAAAGUGAUUGAAGCGACGUUAAAGGAGAGGAAUGAACUUUGUAAAAAUUUUCUUAUAGAGGAGGAGUUGGACUUGGAUCUGGAGGCAGAAGAUGGAAGUGGCAGCUUCGCGGGUGUAUUGUCAGGAGAUGAGGAGCAGCCCAGUUUUGGUGAAGCCAUCACGGGAGAGGGGACCCCACCUUUAGACGCUGCAUCGGAGGAGGGGACAGAAGACACUACUAGCCGUUUGGAAGAGGAAGUCAUAUUCCCACCACACAGUGGCGAAAUGGAAGAGAUUGAGAUGGAAAUUGGAGGUGAAACGCUGCGCGGGUUGGACUCGGAGGAUGUUUCCUAUGGGAUGGCUGCUCUAAGUGAAGACUUCCCCCGUGACACCACCUACACUAGUAUGGACAUUACUGACGGGGACGUAUAUGAGCUGGAGGAGGAACAAAAAUCGCUUUAUGAAGGCACGGGAGGUGGACUGUCGAGUCUCCCUUUGGGCUUUUCCUUUUUGGACGAUCACCCCACUGAUGAGGGAAGAGUGCCGCCUCUGCAUGGGAGGAAGGAACGGGGGCAUGUGUAUGGAUUUGGCGAAGGUACCUCUUUUUCUCCUCCUCCCGCCCCUCGGAACCGCAGAUCUCUGAGCGAACGUGGGUUCACACAAAGGUGGGAUGAACAGGGUACACAUGCAAUGAAUGAGACAGACAGUGGUGACGGUCCGUACGGCCAAGCUGACUGGGUCACUCAGAGGAAAGGAACUAAACACGUGCAUGGCCCUGCAUAUGACGAAGAUAACAUGUAUGGUAACUGGCCGCAGGGCAUUCCAGCAGGAGAGUUAUUGCGCGCUGACUGGGGGGGGCCCACGCCACGCUUGUCCAGGGGGGAUGGGAGCGGGGAGACAUCCUCCCCAUGGGGAGAUGAAAUGGAAGGGUAUGCCUUUUCUCCACAGCUAGACGACAACUGGGGGGAGAGGUAUGGUAGGAGGAGGCGAGAUCCCCAAAGGAGGCGCGCACGAGACAAACUGAGGAGGAGGCCACGGAGAAGAGGUUCCCCACGGGCAAUGCCAAGGCAGAGGAGACGGAUCCCAACCAGAGGAAGAACUACGAAGAGGUUCACAAGGGGAGAAGAUAGGGUGGUGCGAAAGAAUGGACGCACUGGACAGAGCAGAAAUGGUAAUGCUAUGAGGUCUCGGAGGAGUGAAGGGUAUGGCAACACACCGGGGGGUACAAAUCCGGUGCGUAGACAUCCGGUGAGGGCCUUCACACCAAAGAAGUCACGAGUAGUUAUGGGUAGGAGGUAG